AUGCCGCGGGAAAUUAUAACUCUUCAGCUUGGACAAUGUGGCAAUCAAAUCGGGUUCGAGUUCUGGAAGCAGCUGUGUGCUGAGCAUGGGAUCAGUCCUGAGGGAAUCGUGGAGGAGUUUGCAACUGAAGGAACCGACAGAAAGGAUGUCUUCUUCUAUCAGGCUGAUGAUGAGCACUACAUCCCUCGCGCUGUACUGUUGGAUCUGGAGCCUCGCGUCAUCCACUCCAUUCUCAAUUCUCCUUAUGCAAACCUGUACAACCCCGAGAACAUCUACCUCUCUGAGCACGGCGGAGGUGCUGGUAACAACUGGGCCAGUGGGUAUUCCCAGGGAAAGAAAAUUCAAGAAGACAUCUUUGAUAUAAUUGAUCGAGAGGCAGAUGGCAGCGACAGUCUGGAGGGGUUCGUUCUGUGUCAUUCCAUUGCUGGGGGCACUGGCUCCGGCCUGGGAUCCUACCUGCUAGAAAAGCUCAAUGACAGGUACCCGAAGAAGCUGGUCCAGACGUACUCGGUCUUCCCCAACCAGGAUGAGAUGAGUGACGUGGUCGUUCAGCCGUACAACUCGCUGCUCACGCUGAAGAGGCUCACCCAGAACGCAGACUGCGUGGUGGUGCUGGAUAACACAGCCCUGAAUCGCAUCGCCACAGACAGGCUGCACAUCCAGAACCCCUCAUUCUCCCAGAUCAAUCAGCUGGUUUCCACCAUCAUGUCUGCAAGCACAACAACGCUGCGCUACCCGGGCUACAUGAACAACGACCUGAUCGGUCUGAUCGCCUCACUCAUCCCCACGCCUCGGCUCCACUUCCUCAUGACCGGGUACACCCCGCUCACUACCGACCAGUCGGUUGCUAGCGUGAGGAAAACAACGGUGCUGGAUGUGAUGAGAAGGCUUCUGCAACCCAAGAACGUGAUGGUGUCCACGGGCAGAGAGAGGCAGCCGAGCCACUGCUACAUCGCCAUACUGAACAUCAUCCAGGGAGAGGUGGACCCCACGCAGGUCCACAAAAGCCUUCAAAGGAUCCGGGAGCGAAAACUUGCCAACUUCAUCCCCUGGGGUCCAGCCAGCAUCCAGGUGGCCUUGUCCAGGAAAUCUCCAUACCUGCCCUCAGCUCACAGAGUCAGCGGGCUCAUGAUGGCCAACCACACUAGCAUCUCAUCCUUGUUCGAGCGGACGUGCCGGCAGUACGACAAGCUGCGUAAGCGCGAGGCCUUCCUGGAGCAGUUCCGCAAAGAGGACAUUUUCAAGGACAACUUUGACGAGCUGGACAACUCACGCGAAGUGGUGCAGCAGCUGGUGGACGAGUACAGCGCAGCCACCAGACCCGACUACAUUUCAUGGGGCACACAGGAACAGUGAACGCUCGGCGUCUGCAUUGCUUUCAGCCUACAUGUUGAACUUACUCCUUAUUAGCUCCCCUCAGUAUUUUCCUCACAUAGCUGCCAUUCUCAGAGGUAUUUAUUGGCCUCUUAAAGCAUGCCGUGAUGGUUUUCUCUGAAAAACAAACCAAUGGAUUAACGUUUAAACCAACCAAAGUGGUUUUUGGAACCGUGUCAUUUCAAGGAAGUGCAUUUAUAAAAGUUGUCCAUCAAGUGGCUGUACUUCAUUACUGAAAAACUAUUCUAUGAAAGCAUCUAUAAAUAUAUGAACACUGUUCUUCCCCGGUGGCCUCAUUAGUCUUCUUUUUGUUAAAUAAACUGCUGCCUUUUCCUGCUUAUGUUUGGUUGUAGAUGAGAUAUGAGGGAGUACUCAUCCUUCCGACACAUUUUACUGGCCGUCUGCUCAUGUUGUCAUGUUGACCAACAGGAAUGUCAAAUGGAAGUUCACAUCUUAACAUUUGUAUUUACAAAUGCCUGUAAAUAUGCAACCAAGCAUAGCUGUUUAUCAUUUUCCUGUUGCUUUGCUUGUUGGACCUGUUUGAAAUGAAUAAAGUCGUUUUGUAUGAAA